AUGGAGAACACUACUACAGAACCAUACCGCGACUCUCCGGCACGAGACCGGAGAACAUCGCCUACCCACCAAACAUCACCCAGCUCCUCAGACUCGUCCGCAACCAUAAAACCGCUGUCCGCAACGCCUCCUCCCUACGCAGACGAAGAGCCCUACCGCGACGACCCCCAAACACCAACAGAAACAGCACCCUCGACGCGUCAAACCGCUUCACCGACCCACCAACGGCAGUCACAACGCAGUCCACCCUACCAACCAUACACAGACUCACCACCCCACACCCCAGACGCCGACGACGUCCCCCUCGCCCACCUCGUCUCCCACGCGUACACGCAGUCGACGGAAAUAUCUCACCAGACCAACGAUGCUUUCUAUCCAGCCGACGCACCACCACCAUACGCAAUCGCAGUCCGACAGUCGUAUCGCGACACGCUCGUGCAGUAUGUACCGCGCGGCCAGCACGGGGGUCGCGAGGAAGACGAGGAGAGCCAGGUUGGUGUGGAUGUGGUCAGGCCGGAUGAUGUGAGGUAUUCGGUUGAGAAUAUUGUUGCGAUGUUUGUUGUUGCGAUAAUGUUGUUGGUUGUGUCGGGGGUGCUGGCUUGGUUGGCGUUUGGGAGUGGGCUGGUGGGAUGA